AUUUUGUCCUGUGGACAAGACGGGUUGUUGAUAUAUUGGGACUAUUUAGACGGAGUCCGACUGCAGCAAUAUGACCUACACAUGUCCCUACAUGACAUCCUGCAUGUCAAUGCCAAGAACAAGUCCAUCAUCAUGCUGGCACAGACGGCAGCUCACAAAACUACUUUCAGUUUAAUGUUGUGGAAGAGAAGCAAACAAGAUAUCAAUGAAUUCUCCAAGCCAAAGCUGCUGAUAGAACAGUGUAAUGGUGACCAUCGUUUGGUGUCUUUUGGAUGUAAGAAUGAAUACAUUGGGUCUGGAUUAGAACGUCGGCUGUCAAUCUAUUCCAUGAAAAAGGACACCAUCAAAGUUGUCAAGGAACAGGAUAAAUUCAACAGAAACAAGGCCAUCACCUGUGUGGCUUGCCACCCCACGGACUACUGUAUAGCUUCUGGCUUAGAGAAUGGGAAGAUCAUUUUGUGGCGGAGUUUUUUUGGGGACAGUCAUGUUGUGACCUCUGUUUUUCACUGGCACGCACUUCCUGUCAUGUGUCUGGAUUUUACCCCAAAUGGAUCCAGUUUACUGAGUGGUGGCCAUGAAUGUGUGCUGGUCAGGUGGCAGACAGAGCAUCAGAACCUGCGGGACUUCAAGCCACGCAUGGGAGCACCCAUCACGCAUGUCUUGAGUUCACCAGAUGGAACUUUGUAUGCAACCAAACAUGCAGACAAUGUGAUCCAACUACUGGACAUCAAUCUGCAUGUCCAGCAAGUGCUCCGGGGUCUCACUCAAACUGUGUUUGGUCCAGGUGCCAACGACAAGAAGAACCCAAUUCCCAGUGGGUUACAGUUUGACCCUCGUUCAAGGACGCUUGUCACCAACGGCUUACCUGGCCAUCUACAGUUUUAUUCUCUGAGUCUCAGCCGGCAGCUGUUUAAUCUGGACAUUGUUGGGCAGAAUUACAUUUCCACAGAAAGCAUGGACAAACCCAAGGCUGUCACAGAGGUCACCUGUACGGCCAUCAGUGACAGUGGGCACUGGCUGGCCACAUUUGAGACCUGGAAUGAUGGUUUCUUCAGCCCCGAACUUAGACUCAAGUUCUGGUGUUACAGCUCUGAGGCUCACACAUACUCCCUGAAUACUACAGUGGAGUUCCCCCACGACGACAAGAUAACAAGUAUGUUGUUCCGGCCAGAACACCAAGGAGAACAUGCAGUGAUCACUCCAACACUGGCCACUGUUGGGGCUGACCUCUGUUUUAAGCUGUGGACUUUAGUUGAUGAUUCCAACAUUUAUAGAAGCAACGCCAGAUGGAGCUGUGAUUCUGUUGGCUUUUAUCGCAGACUCAAUGCUGGAUGUGCAGAUUUCUCAACAGAUGCCUCAACACUGGCGGUUGGGUUUGAACACCUGUUAACCAUCUGGGACCCAGACAAUAAUGUUGUCCGCACCACAUUAUCCAACUCUUUACCUGGCAAGGAGAUGAUUACCAAUGUCAAGUUUGGUAGCCAUCAGUGUUGUCAUCAUUUGGUUGUGACAACCAGACAGACUUUGCUGGCUUGGGAUCUCUACACUUUAACUAUUCAGUGGACUAUCAGUAUCCAGGCUACCUUGUUAGUAAGGGAUCCAGCCUCAGAUCUCAUGCUGUUGGUCUCGUCAAACAGGAAAGUAAGCAUCUUCAGACCCACAAGCCCCAACAUGGUUUAUGAGCACGAGGCGAUGAGCUCCAGUGACAUCCUUGAUGCUGUCUUUGUCCCUGAUGGAAGACAUGAACAGAUUGUUGACCUGUGCUGGCCUGGGAGGUCACAGAUCUACGUCUACAAUGUUGACCAACAGCUGCUAACCUUAGACCUGCCCAGCGAGCAGAUUGUUGAUGGCCGGAAGGUUCGAAUUGCCCAGAAUUUGCCCCAUGGGGCACUCAGCACAUUCAUGGCAGAGAAGAUGGUCAGGGAAGAGGACACCAUGGAGACCAAGGUGACAAUGGGCCAGACCAACCCAGCAGAGGAUUCACUGGCUGCAGUGCUUCUGCACUCCAAUGAACCGGUAUCUCUGCUGUGUGAGAAAUACUUGAGCAGCCUGAUUGUCAAAAAACAUACUCCACGUUCCCGCCAUGAUGUGUUUGGCACAGCUACCAGCAAGGGGCAUGAUGAUAGUUCCAGCUCGGAGGAUGACAUGGAAACUGACCAGGUGAAGAGUCGACCCAAAAACAGGUAUCAUUUUGCUGCAGACGUGGUCAGACCUUCAGUUACAGCAGAAACAGAUUUGGAUCAACUACUCUCCAAGCCCUUAGACUGGGUUCAGUGGUGCGCUUCCCUGCAUUUGAAAUGA